CCAAAAAGCUUUAACCACUGGCUGCCAUCAGGUGGCAGCAGGACAUCCCCAGUGCUCUGGGUUAACCCCGUUAGGGGAAACAGGAUUUUUUUCUGGUAGCUACAGCUUCCAGGGAUGGGAGGGAUGAAUCGUUCUGUGCUGCUGCAGUAGCACUUGGUGCUUCAUGACAUUUCACCCCCUGUUAAAGUCUUGACAGCUGCAUUCUGACAAGAGCAUUCCCCGGUGUAGGAGCAAUGUGCUGCCCUACUGCAGGUGAGGCGGUGCAGGGACCUUUGGAAGGGCUGGCAGCUGGUGGGAGCCCAGGAAGCUGGUGGGGGAGGAGCAAAAGAACAAUUCUCAAAUAUUCCAGGAGUAUUUAAAGCAGCCAAACCAGCUGUGAGAGCUCUGUGAAAGUGAGACUGUCUUCUACAUUUAGAAGAGUACACGACCCAAAGUAUACCUCUCCCUUUCCAGCAAGGAAACCAGCCUUGAACAAUUAAAACAUUCAGUGACCUGCACUCAGCUGAGUGAUGUGCCCUGCAAAGAUAUCCAUCAACAUGCACUACAGGCUCUCACCCUGCAGCUGAACCCGUUAGCAACCAAAUCCUCACUGUUUUCCUGGUAAUCUGCUAUUCCUUUCCAGUGAUGAAUGCUUAAUCCCCUUUUAAACAAAUUGCCACAGCAGCACUGGCUCAUCGCACUCUCAGCAAAUAGGGUCAGCCUGAGCAGGGUGCAGCAUUUGGGGUGUAUCUAACGGGGUGCUGCUCCUACCUGUGCUGAUGCCAGGGCCAUGCCGUUGCCUGUACGCCCCAUGGAAUGUUUGCAUUCAAAUAGGAGCCGGACAAGCGGACACUCCCUGGGCCCUUCAUUCCAGCUGGCAACCGUGGCUCCAAACUGGACGUCAGGCCUUGUACCAAGGUGUGUCCCAAUGGGCAAUGGGGUUCUUACUGUACUGGGCUUCUCCUUCCUGCUCGUGGGGCUCCUGCUGCUAUGUGCAGGCUGCAGCCCCCAGCCCACCUGGGGCCAUACAGCCUAUGAGAUAGUAACUCCAAAGAAAGUCAACUCUAAGGCAGGCAAAGCCAGCCAGAGCAGCAUGUCCUACUUCAUCAGCAUUCAAGGUGUGAAUUAUACCAUUCACCUCAAACAGAAGAAAGACUUUGUAGUUAAAAACUUCCCUGUACUCACUCGUGACUCCGAAGGGCAGGUGAUGAUCGAGCAGCCCCGUGUGCUGGCAGACUGCUAUUACCAAGGCUAUGUGGAAGGCAUCCCGGACUCCAUGGUGACUCUGUCCACCUGCUCUGGGCUCAGGGGACUGCUGCAGAUUGGAAACUUGAGCUACAGCAUCGAACCCCUGGCAGCUUCCACCACAUUUGAGCACCUUCUGCUGCAAAGGGAGGCGGCGGUUCCUGGGACAGUGAUCUACAAAACACUCCAAGGAGGCAGGCAAUUCCCAGGUUACAGGGCAGCACCCAAGCAGUUCCAGCCCUGGGGACCUAUGCGGUACAUGGAACUCAUGGUGGUGGUGGACAAGGAGGGGUUUGAUGCCUUUGGCACACGUAUAACAAAUGUGAUGCUGGAGGUUAUUGAAAUAAUCCAUCUGGUGGAUGGACUGUUUUCCUCUGUCCGCCUUCGCGUGGUAUUAACAGUACUGGAGAUUUGGACAGAGAAGAACCCUAUCAGUAUCACCAAAAACAUAACUCAGGUCCUUCAAAGCUUCAAUCGCUGGCGGAUUCAGCAUAGCCCUGCACACAUCAAGCAUGACGUGGGGUGUCUGUUUGCCUCGCUGGACUUCAGUAACAGUACAAGAGCAUUGCACAUGGGCAAUAAAUUAAACUUUGCCAGUGCAUGCGAUAGACAGCGCUCCUCUGCUGUUGUAUCAUUUGCCAAACAGUCUUACAUCGACACGGCCGUCCAUGUUGCUCACGAGUUAGGAUACGUCCUUGGCAUGAAGCUAGAUGACAAACACUGCAGGUGUGGAGAUGCCUCUAAAUGCAUCAUGAGCCGAGAAAGCGCAGUGAGCUAUGGAUUCAGCAACUGCAGCACAAAGUACUAUUAUGAUUUUAUAACAACAGGGCAAGGAAAAUGUCUGAAUAACGUCCCAUCAUCUACAAUGACACUUCUACCACAGCGCUGCGGGAACGGAGUCGUGGAGGACAAGGAGGAAUGUGACUGUGGCUCAGAAGAACAGUGUAAAUCAGACCCUUGUUGUGACAGCAACUGUCGAAAGAAGAAAGGAGCCAUUUGCACUUCUGGAGGGUGCUGCAAGGAUUGCAAGUUUCUUCCUGAAGGAGAAGUGUGCAGGAAGAGCAGCAAUACAUGCGACCUGCCCGAGUACUGCAAUGGGACAUCUCAGCAUUGCCCAGAGGACGUGACCAAGCAGGAUGGAACCACGUGUGCUGCAGAUGGAUACUGCUAUUCAGGCAAAUGCAGAUCUCGCACAUUACAGUGUAAGGACAUCUUUGGUGAGAGAGCACAGCCUGCUCCACUACGAUGUUUUGAGGAGCUGAACAUGAAAGGGGAUCGGUUUGGCAACUGCUGGGGAGAUGGCACAGAUACCAAGUUUCAGAAAUGUCAGCUGGAAAACGUCCUCUGCGGGAGGGUGCAGUGCACUGAUGUUAGAGAUCUGCCUGAGACAGAAGAUCACUCAAGCGUCAUCCAGACCCCAUUGGGAGAUACCUGGUGCUGGGGCACAGAGUACCACGUGGGCCUGGACGCCUCGGAUGCUGGGGUCAUCGAGGACGGCACACAGUGCGGUGAGAAGAAGAUCUGCAUCAAUCGGACCUGUGUCCCUGAGGAGAAGUACCUGACAUCUCAAUGCUCUGCCAGCAAAACCUGCAGGGGAAAAGGCGUUUGCAACUCUAAAGGAAACUGUCACUGUGAUGACAGCUGGGCACCUCCCUUCUGUGAGUAUUCUGGCUUUGGAGGAAGCAUCGACAGCGGGCCUGCACCGGUCAAGAGAAAAGGGCUUUUCAAUUUCAUCAUGAGGGUUACCUUGCUGACUGGCACUCUUCUGAUACUCGCAGCACUUGCCAUUGAAUACAUCAGAAGGCUUAUGACAAACCAACUCUCGUGCAGCUUUUGUAGAUGGUGUCAGUGCAGAAAGAAGGGUCCUGAGAAGGAAGAAAGUGAAUUCAAAUCAUCUGAGAGUCACGACCCCAAUGUAGGAGUUGAUCUGCAGCAGCUGGGCUCAGACACCAACUCCUGACAUAGGAUCAGUUUUAAAUGAGCCCUCAGCAGCUAUGUAAGCACACAAUUUGGGAAGCUCAGUUUCUUUUCUGUAGGAUAGCAAAAUGAAAUUGUUUAGAUAGACCUCAGUAGCAAAAAUAAAAAACAACAACACUAGAAUGA